AUGUGGCUGUCAGGCGAUCGGGUGCCGAGACGUCAAGGCUUUGUCACCGUCGGAUCGCGUCGGUACGCAGAGUGGCAGAACCUGGUACUGCAAGCAACUACGGACGAGGUGAGCGAAGAAGAGGCACUGAUCGUAGAUCCGGCAGGACCCAUGGUCGAUCACCCGCAGUACGAUCCGCCGAAGAGCAUCCUGAAACGCCCCGCGGCAGUCAGCAACCAGAUCGCGAAGGUGUCUGACCGGAAGGAAGACGAGAAUACAGCCGAGGAGAUGGUUGAAGGCGACGAAACCGAAGGCCCGACAAAGACGAAGCCGAUCGAGAAUGCUCCGGAGCCGCCCACGGCGAGUCAACCUUUGGAAGACGAUCAGAAGAUGUGA